AUGGCUAUCUUUGUUAUUUGGAUAGAGUACGGCGUAAUUUGCAUCUUGUCGAACCUUAUUGAUAUGCUUUUAGAACCACGUCAAUCAGAAACAGCUGCAAAUAAGAUGGGAAUGUAUUUGAGGAAUAAUGAACGCAAAACGGCUGCUGAUUUGCAGUACCAUUUGUGCUUCAUAUGUGGUGAUUUAUUCCGAGAAAGACAUGAUUACCAGAAACAUCUCAUUACACAUCAGUCGUUCGCUUUGGUUUAUCAAAUCUAUCAUUGGGACAAGACUGAGAGCGAGAGAAAAGCUAACGAAAAACUGAGAAAACCUGACUCGAAACCGGGUCGUGUUGGACAUACCGUUUCGGAUGAUUCGAAUAGAAAUAAAGGCUCCCCGGCUUUGCGACAAUCAGAAGAACUAGAGCGAGAAAUGAGGCAGCGAGCUAAGGGCAAGUCUAGGGGUGUGGAUAAGCUUGAGAAAUCACAUCGGGAAGAACGCCGACAGUACAUGAGGGAGCGGGAACGAGAGGAAGAAUUGCAAGCGGAGCGAGAGCGUCAGCGCAAGAUAGAGGCAGCUAGAAAACGAAGAGAGUUGAGGAAACGCAAAUUGGAUGAGCAUACGGCCAUGGCCGCCAUGCGAGAUCAAGCGGUACCUAUAGCUAAGCGGAGACCACCAACCCGAGAAAAAGCAACUGAUUCAACUCCUCUUCACUCACCUGCACUCUCGUCAGAACCCACGUCGUCAUCGCCAGCAGUACCUCCUCCGCGGGAGAUCGAGCUUCCGCGUAUCACAAACACAGGCUACAGCAUUGGUCCACUUCAGCGCGAAAAAUGUCCGUACUGUAUGACCAAGGAGUCGUUCAACAGACCAGUCGAGGCUAUAGAACACAUCGUAGACCAUGGUGGAAGCAUUUUGGAUGUGAAACUAUCGUUUUACGAUGAUGAUAAACUGCUAGCAACGGAGACGCAACUUACCGGCGAGAAAUGCAAUGUCUGCGAUGUGAAUUUCGACUUUCCUACACAAUACUAUCUGCAUUUGCUUCUGAAGCAUCGGAUGGAAGUGACCUCGUUCUAUAUACCGAACUACCCGAAAGCUAAUAAUGUGAAAUUUGUGACCGUUAUGAUUUAUCGUAUGUAUCCCGAGUAUACAAUCGAGUUCCGUGAAGUUAUGCCAAAUGCUAGACCCCGUACAGCAGAACCACCCCGAAAUACUGCUCCUGUGGAAAGUAGUAGUGGUAGUUCAAAUGUUGAGCGAUCUCAAAUUGCCCCCAGUAGUGAUCCAGUUGUUGCUGAACCAGAAGUAGACCAAUCCAAAUCUUCGGUAAGCGCUUCUUCAGAGCAGUCUACGGAUGUCCCGAAGGAGCACACUGCCGAAAAUCCGCCUGAAAAAGGGGCAUCUGUAUGAUAAUAGCAUAUCUUAAUGUUUUUCCAAUUUGCUAAUUGCAUGCCUUUUUUUGGACAUUUGAGCAUUAUGAUGGUCAAGCUCUCUUAUCUGUCUUCAUGACUUAUAGUAUAAAACUUGA